AUGGCUGAUGGUCAAGAAACCGACAAGAACAUCGAGAUAUGGAAGAUUAAGAAGCUGAUUAAGGCACUUGAGGCUGCCCAUGGAAACGGGACAAGCAUGAUUUCCCUCAUCAUGCCCCCUUGCGACCAGAUUGCUCGUGUAGCCAAGAUGCUCGACAAUGAGUACGCAACAGCCUCCAACAUCAAGAGCCGUGUCAAUUGCCAGUCGGUCCUCGGCGCAAUCACCUCUGCCCAGCAGCGCCUCAAGUUCUACAACAAAGUCCCUCCCAACGGCCUUGUCCUGUACACGGGCACUAUUGUCACUGAAGAAGGGAAGGAAAAAAAAGUCGCGUUCCAUUUCAAGCCCUUCCGUUCCAUAAACUCUUCCCUUUACCUUUGUGACAACAAGUUCCACACCGAAGCCCUGAACGAGCUGUUGAAAUCGGAUGAUUGGUUCAGUUUCAUUAUCAUCUUUGGGACCUUGAGCGGCAACACCCGUGAAAUCCUAAGAAGCACGGGGGUGGUGGCCAGUCUGCCUUGCGUUUUUACCGGUUGGGAGAGGAGAAGCGCCACAACUAUGUGA